GAAGGCUAACCGACCCAGCCGAGUGAGACGCGCGUAGCGCUGCCGCUGCUCCCGACAUGAUGUCCGCGAUGACUCCCGAGUCCUUAAUGAAGCGGGUUUGCGCGAAUAACGGCUCAAUGCUCUACGAUGACUUGGUGUCUGACUCCAGAGUCGGUUUAUAUGACAGUUUGUUUAACAGCUCCUUUAUCGAUGCAGUUCUGGAAGAGAACGAGUCCCUCGUCACGGUGCUGGUGAACGGACAGAAGACUAUCGUGGCCAGAACCUCCGUGAAGCUGUGCAGGGCGAAGGGCUGUACCGGCUGCAUGAACCUCCACCUCUGCAAGUUCUUCCUUUUCGGUGAUUGUCAGUACGGAAGAGGAAGACGAGGAUGCCGUUUUUGUCAUGACCUGCAGACUGUGCAAAAUGCCCAGGUCCUUCAGAAACAUGGACUGAGUCAGCUGGACAGAAGUGAGCUCUGUACCUUACUACUCCAGAGUGACACCAGCAUCCUUCCCCCAGUGUGCUAUUCCUAUAACAAUGGGACGGGACUGUAUGGACGAUGCGAAGCUGGAGAGGACUGCAAACGGCUGCACAUCUGCGAGAAGUACCUGAGAGGCCCAUGUCAGUGUCCACGAUCACAUGAUUUUUAUGAACCCCAUCCUCUAAAAACGUUGCAGGACAGAGGCGUUCCUUCUGAGCUUCUGGCAUCUAUAAAGACCACAUACUCAAACAUCGAGGCCUUACGACUAAAUGCCAAGUACGGUGGUAAAGUUCAAGAGAACAGCGGACAGACAUUUACCAGAAAUGGCAAUCGGCAUAACCAGACAUCGGCUAAUGCUAAUGCUACGGGUGGUAGCGGAGGUCCCAGGACCAACAGAGGCUCAACCCCUAAGAAUUUUCAAAACUCUCAAGAGAAAAAGGAGAUCUGUAUGUACUUUAUCAAAGGACACUGCAGGAACGGAGACAGGUGCUUUAAAGAGCACUCCAGAGUGCCGUAUAAAUGGGAGGUGAAGGAGGGACUCCGCUGGGUAGCUCUUCCUGACAACGAGGGCAUAGAGAAAGAUUACUGUGACCCAGCUAAAACAUACAGCUCUGGAGUCCACUUCGAUACAAUGAUGCGUGGCUGUGACGUCGUGCGGCGUCUCUCGACGGUCUCCUCGGUGAUCCAGCCCAAUUAUAUCCUCACCACCAGUUGGGCGUGGUACUGGGAGGAUGAGUUCGGCAACUGGAUCCAGUAUGCAUUGGCAGCCGGAGGUCACAACUCGGCUUCAAUCACCAGCGAGGACUUGGAGCAGAAAUUUACCCAGGACAAUAAAGCAGAGAUGGAGUUCACGGCUGGCUCACAAACGUACACACUCAGCUUCCAAGAUAUGUUACAGGUAAACAAGCGCUAUGGGACCAAAAAGCUUGUAAGGCGUCGCCCUGUAUUCGUGUCAGCAGCAGAUGCAGACACAAUCAGAACAAAAAAACCAGCACCCAACAGCCAGAUGAAAACCCUGCCAAGCCACUGGAAUAAAGCGCUGACUCCUGAGAUCGGUUACAAGAACGUACAGCUACAGACUGACUCAAGUGAAUACAGUGUAAUCGAGCGCCUUUUCAAAACCACCAUGCACGGUUUCAGCAUUCAAAAGAUUGAAAGAAUACAAAACAGAUCCCUGUGGGAAGUAUUUCAGUGGCAGAAAGAUCAAAUGACAAAGAAUAACAAUGGGAAGAAUAUUACAGAGAAACAACUGUUUCAUGGGACAGAAUCCAAACACAUUGAGGUCAUCUGCCGCCAUAACUUCGACUGGAGACUCUGUGGCACUCACGGCACGGCCUACGGGAAAGGGAGUUAUUUCGCCAGGGAUGCCAAGUACUCCCAUGAUUACACCGGAUCCUCUACAGUUCGCACCAUGUUUGUUUGUCGUGUCCUAGUUGGCGACUACAUCACCGGCGACUCCAGCUACACCCGCCCCCCCUCUAAAGAUGGCGGAGAUACCAUCUAUUACGACAGCUGCGUAAAUAAUGUCCAGAAUCCCUCCAUAUUUGUAGUGUUUGAGAAGCAUCAGAUCUAUCCAGAGUAUCUCAUCACAUAUACCGACGGGAGUCAGUCAUCGUCCCCAUAUUACAGGCCAACCCCUUCUGCAGUGAACAGGCCAACCCCUUCUCCAGCGAAGGCCAGCUACAGGCCAUCUUACGCAACUUCAGCCUUCGCAUAUCAGUCCACAUCUACUCCUACGGUUCCGAAAGUAGCGUCUACAUAUCAAACCAAUCCUGCUUCUGCAUUUCGGGCAGCGACAGUUCCGACAUAUCAGCCCCAGCCUUCUACAACUCCAUCAUAUUCAUAUUCUACAUCGUACACCAGGUCGCCCUCCCCUCGGCCAUCCAAACCAGAAAACCCCUGCGUUAUCUGCUGAAGAUGUGAUAAAGACCGUGCCCUCAGUUGCUUGAUUUUCUAUUUUGAUUAUUGUUCCAAUCAUUUAUUAAAAGUUUGACUCAAAUAAUGUGCACUGACGAGCAGAAGGAACGAUAAUGUAAAGGGUUUUAGGGAGGCAAGGGCUUGAUUCAGGGUUAAAUUGUGGCAGAUCUAGCAUCUUACCUUAAAUAAUUAUUUUGCAACACAGCAGAUAAAGCAAGUUAUCGCAAAACUGAUUUCCAAAAAUGUAGUGCACAUUUUGCUCAGAUUUACCUGAUUCUAAGCCAAACCAAAGUAAAACAUCUGUUAAUUCAUUUAUUUUAACUUGUACUUAAUUUCACUAGUUAUUUACUACUGUUUUUUCAUGCUGAUAUUGGUAUCCGUUCCAAGAGCAGAAUUUACUUCCCUUAGAAAGGGAAACUACAUUGCACCUGAAAUAUAAAGUUUGAGAAUAAACAUUGUAGUAUUUUAUUAUUUAAAAAUCAUGAAAAAAUGUUUUGAGCAAAAAAGGCUUUAUUUGAGUUGGGUAACCUUUUGGGUGAUUCAAAUCAAGGUGAAUUUGAUUGCGUGUAUAAGAUUAAUUUCUUCUCUCCAAAAAUAGUACAAAUAAUUGAAAUACUGUAAAGAUCUCUUGACUCAGGAUUUAGGUGUGUAAAAUGUGCGCUCAGGUUCCAGCAUAAUAAAUACAGUUGUAUAAAA